UUCCCGGAACUGUGUGCGGCAAAUGUACAGGAGGAAACAGGUGGCCAGGCAGGCUUAUUAACUGCAUAAUAUAGAUCAAAAUAUUGUAUUAAACAUCUGGUUGCUUUACAUCCUAAUUGAAUAUAGUAUAUUUUAAUAGCCCGACGAGUUAUCUCAGUUCGUUCAUCAUGACGUUGAUGUGCUACAACAAAGGUUGCGGACAACGAUUUGACCCAGACGACAACGCUGGUGAUGCCUGUACCUUUCACCCUGGCGUGCCUGUUUUUCACGAUGCUCUUAAGGGCUGGUCCUGCUGCACGAGACGCACCACGGACUUCUCAGACUUCCUCAGCAUAGAGGGCUGCAGCAGAGGUAUCCAUAACAGAGAGAAGCCAGUGGAGCCGGCCGGAGGUGACAAGCUCAGAGGGGAGGAGCUAAAACCCCGUGGUGACCCCUAUAUCAUUCAGGCUCCUAAACCACUAGAGCUGAUACACAGACCCAGUGGUGAUGAGCCCCUGGUCAGACUUCAGCAGAAGGUGUUCUCCUCUCUGAGACAGGCUCUGCAGAAAGUCCAGCUGGCAGAGAGCAGGCAGCCUCACAACACAGACGAAGAGGAGGUGAAGAUUGGCACGUCCUGUAAGAAUGGAGGCUGCUCCAAGUCUUUCUCUGGUCCAGGGAGUAACGAGGAGAAGUGUAAACACCACCCUGGAGUCCCUAACUUCCACGAGGGGAUGAAGUUCUGGAGCUGCUGUAGGAGGAAGUCACCUGACUUUAACUGUUUCCUGGCCCAGGAGGGCUGCACCACAGGAAGUCACCUCUGGAGGAAACCAGACAAGGGGAUGAAGGUGGUACCGUGUAGGUUUGAUUGGCACCAGACAGGCGGCCAGGUCAUCAUCUCGAUCUAUGCCAAGAACUCUCUACCAGAGCUCAGCUAUGCAGAGGCCAACGGCACCACGGUGAUCAUCCGUGUGGUCUUUGAGGGAGAGAAGGAGUUUGAGCAGAAGAUCAACUUAUGGGGGGUGAUCGAUGUGACUAGCAGUGUGGUGAACAUGAUGUCUUCCAAGAUGGAGAUCUCUAUGGGGAAGGGGGAGCCAAUCACCUGGGCCCGUCUGGACCUGCCCUCUCCCACAGACACGCCAACUGAGGGGGGGAAUGGGAUUGGAAAGGCGUAGAACUAGACAGAACGAAAUCAAUCACAUGGUACAUGCUCCUCCCAUAUGUUUUAGUGAACCUGUUGAAUAUCGGCUGAGAGCAGUAUUUAUUUCUGACAUGCUACUCAGAAUGCGGAGGUUAAACUUCACUGAAACACUUUCUGAAGGCGAUAACCAUCAGGUCUUCCUACUGAAACACAGUAACCAUCAGGUCUUCCUACUGAAACACAGUAACCAUCAGGUCUUCCUACUGAAACACAGUAAACCAUCAGGUCUUCCUACUGAAACACAGUAAACCAUCAGGUCUUCCUACUGAAACACAGUAACCAUCAGGUCUUCCUACUGAAACACAGUAACCAUCAGGUCUUCCUACUGAAACACAGUAACCAUCAGGUCUUCCUACUGAAACACAGUAAACCUACUGAAACACAGUAACCAUCAGGUCUUCCUACUGAAACACAGUAACCAUCAGUUCUUCCUACUGAAACACAGUAACCAUCAGGUCUUCCUACUGAAACACAGUAAACCUACUGAAACACAGUAACCAUCAGGUCUUCCUACUGAAACACAGUAACCAUCAGGUCUUCCUACUGAAACACAGUAAACCAUCAGGUCUUCCUACUGAAACACAGUAAACCAUCAGGUCUUCCUACUGAAACACAGUAACCAUCAGGUCUUCCUACUGAAACACAGUAACCAUCAGGUCUUCCUACUGAAACACAGUAAACCAUCAGGUCUUCCUACUGAAACACAGUAAACCAUCAGUUCUUCCUACUGAAACAUAGUAAACCUACUGAAACACAGUAAACCAUCAGGUCUUCCUACUGAAACACAGUAAACCAUCAGGUCUUCCUACUGAAACACAGUAAACCAUCAGGUCUUCCUACUGAAACACAGUAAACCUACUGAAACACAGUAAACCAUCAGGUCUUCCUACUGAAACACAGUAAACCUACUGAAACACAGUAAACCAUCAGUUCUUCCUACUGAAACACAGUAAACCAUCAGGUCUUCCUACUGAAACACAGUAAACCUACUGAAACACAGUAACCAUCAGGUCUUCCUACUGAAACACAGUAACCAUCAGGUCUUCCUACUGAAACACAGUAACCAUCAGGUCUUCCUACUGAAACACAGUAACCAUCAGGUCUUCCUACUGAAACACAGUAAACCAUCAGGUCUUCCUACUGAAACACAGUAAACCAUCAGGUCUUCCUACUGAAACACAGUAACCAUCAGGUCUUCCUACUGAAACACAGUAAACCAUCAGGUCUUCCUACUGAAACACAGUAAACCAUCAGGUCUUCCUACUGAAACACAGUAAACCUACUGAAACACAGUAAACCAUCAGUUCUUCCUACUGAAACACAGUAAACCUACUGAAACACAGUAAACCAUCAGGUCUUCCUACUGAAACACAGUAAACCAUCAGGUCUUCCUACUGAAACACAGUAAACCUACUGAAACACAGUAAACCAUCAGGUCUUCCUACUGAAACACAGUAAACCUACUGAAACACAGUAAACCAUCAGUUCUUCCUACUGAAACACAGUAACCAUCAGGUCUUCCUACUGAAACACAGUAAACCUACUGAAACACAGUAACCAUCAGGUCUUCCUACUGAAACACAGUAACCAUCAGGUCUUCCUACUGAAACACAGUAACCAUCAGGUCUUCCUACUGAAACACAGUAACCAUCAGGUCUUCCUACUGAAACACAGUAAACCAUCAGGUCUUCCUACUGAAACACAGUAAACCAUCAGGUCUUCCUACUGAAACACAGUAACCAUCAGGUCUUCCUACUGAAACACAGUAACCAUCAGGUCUUCCUACUGAAACACAGUAAACCAUCAGGUCUUCCUACUGAAACACAGUAAACCAUCAGUUCUUCCUACUGAAACAUAGUAAACCUACUGAAACACAGUAAACCAUCAGGUCUUCCUACUGAAACACAGUAAACCAUCAGGUCUUCCUACUGAAACACAGUAAACCUACUGAAACACAGUAAACCAUCAGGUCUUCCUACUGAAACACAGUAAACCUACUGAAACACAGUAAACCAUCAGUUCUUCCUACUGAAACACAGUAAACCAUCAGGUCUUCCUACUGAAACACAGUAAACCUACUGAAACACAGUAACCAUCAGGUCUUCCUACUGAAACACAGUAACCAUCAGUUCUUCCUACUGAAACACAGUAACCAUCAGGUCUUCCUACUGAAACACAGUAACCAUCAGUUAUUCCUACUGAAACACAGUAAACCAUCAGGUCUUCCUACUGAAACACAGUAACCAUCAGGUCUUCCUACUGAAACACAGUAAACCUACUGAAACACAGUAAACCACCAGUUCUUCCUACUGAAACACAGUAACCAUCAGUUCUUCCUACUGAAACACAGUAAACCAUCAGGUCUUCCUACUGAAACACAGUAAACCAUCAGGUCUUCCUACUGAAACACAGUAAACCUACUGAAACACAGUAAACCAUCAGGUCUUCCUACUGAAACACAGUAAACCAUCAGGUCUUCCUACUGAAACACAGUAAACCAUCAGGUCUUCCUACUGAAACACAGUAAACCUACUGAAACACAGUAAACCACCAGUUCUUCCUACUGAAACACAGUAACCAUCAGUUCUUCCUACUGAAACACAGUAAACCAUCAGGUCUUCCUACUGAAACACAGUAAACCAUCAGGUCUUCCUACUGAAACACAGUAAACCUACUGAAACACAGUAAACCAUCAGGUCUUCCUACUGAAACACAGUAAACCAUCAGGUCUUCCUACUGAAACACAGUAAACCACCAGUUCUUCCUACUGAAACACAGUAACCACCAGUUCUUCCUACUGAAACACAGUAAACCAUCAGGUCUUCCUACUGAAACACAGUAACCAUCAGUUCUUCCUACUGAAACACAGUAACCAUCAGGUCUUCCUACUGAAACACAGUAAACCUACUGAAACACAGUAACCAUCAGGUCUUCCUACUGAAACACAGUAACCAUCAGGUCUUCCUACUGAAACACAGUAACCAUCAGGUCUUCCUACUGAAACACAGUAAACCAUCAGGUCUUCCUACUGAAACACAGUAAACCAUCAGGUCUUCCUACUGAAACACAGUAACCAUCAGGUCUUCCUACUGAAACACAGUAACCAUCAGGUCUUCCUACUGAAACACAGUAACCAUCAGGUCUUCCUACUGAAACACAGUAAACCUACUGAAACACAGUAACCAUCAGGUCUUCCUACUGAAACACAGUAACCAUCAGGUCUUCCUACUGAAACACAGUAACCAUCAGGUCUUCCUACUGAAACACAGUAACCAUCAGGUCUUCCUACUGAAACACAGUAAACCAUCAGGUCUUCCUACUGAAACACAGUAAACCAUCAGGUCUUCCUACUGAAACACAGUAACCAUCAGGUCUUCCUACUGAAACACAGUAAACCAUCAGGUCUUCCUACUGAAACACAGUAAACCAUCAGGUCUUCCUACUGAAACACAGUAAACCUACUGAAACACAGUAAACCACCAGUUCUUCCUACUGAAACACAGUAAACCUACUGAAACACAGUAAACCAUCAGGUCUUCCUACUGAAACACAGUAAACCAUCAGGUCUUCCUACUGAAACACAGUAAACCUACUGAAACACAGUAAACCAUCAGUUCUUCCUACUGAAACACAGUAAACCUACUGAAACACAGUAAACCAUCAGGUCUUCCUACUGAAACACAGUAAACCAUCAGGUCUUCCUACUGAAACACAGUAAACCUACUGAAACACAGUAAACCAUCAGGUCUUCCUACUGAAACACAGUAAACCUACUGAAACACAGUAAACCAUCAGUUCUUCCUACUGAAACACAGUAAACCAUCAGGUCUUCCUACUGAAACACAGUAAACCUACUGAAACACAGUAACCAUCAGGUCUUCCUACUGAAACACAGUAACCAUCAGGUCUUCCUACUGAAACACAGUAAACCAUCAGGUCUUCCUACUGAAACACAGUAAACCAUCAGGUCUUCCUACUGAAACACAGUAACCAUCAGGUCUUCCUACUGAAACACAGUAACCAUCAGGUCUUCCUACUGAAACACAGUAAACCAUCAGGUCUUCCUACUGAAACACAGUAAACCAUCAGUUCUUCCUACUGAAACAUAGUAAACCUACUGAAACACAGUAAACCAUCAGGUCUUCCUACUGAAACACAGUAAACCAUCAGGUCUUCCUACUGAAACACAGUAAACCAUCAGGUCUUCCUACUGAAACACAGUAAACCAUCAGGUCUUCCUACUGAAACACAGUAACCAUCAGGUCUUCCUACUGAAACACAGUAACCCAUCAGGUCUUCCUACUGAAACACAGUAAACCUUCCUACUACCUCCUCACUUGAAAAGAGAUGCAGGCAGCUAUCACCCUAGCAUCCCUCAUCAGGAUCUGUAUCUAAGGAGCAAUUGGGGACAGCCAGUCAGAAUGUAAACUGUUCUCAAACACACACACACACACCAGAGGAGGACGGGCUCAUUGGAAUGGCUGGAAGGAAUUGAAUGUGGUUUCCAUAUGUGUUUGAUACCUUUUCAUUUAUGCCACACACAGUCCUUCUGUUCUUUGUCAAUUUCAUUUGAGGAUAUUUGUGCCAUUUAUUGAUAUUAGUUGCCUUCCAGAAAAUGUAACCUAUCUUUAUGAAGUUCUCUUACUUUAACAGUCCUUGUUUUGGGUUUUAAUUGUUUUUGCUCACUUCUGAGAUGUGUGAUUUAGUUUCCCUCUUUACUUGCUGUAGUUUGUUUUCAUACAAGGGAAAUAAAGCUAUGUGCUCUCCCACAGACUGAAUCAACCGA